AUGGCAAAUAAUGAUAACAAUGAUACAUCAACUUAAAAUAGUAAAUUUGCUUAAUUGAAUUCUUCUUUACAAAUCCUUAACGAAAGUAUAAACACUCAAAUACCAUAAUUUCGAUAAAAGGUCCUUAAAACUAUUUAUUCAAAAGUAAACUUAUAUUAAAAUUAAGGAUCCUGUGAGAAGAAAAUAAAUUGCUUGUCGAAUUUAUAUUAAUGAUUUAGACUCUGUGCCUGGAUAUAAAGUAUCAAAAAGUAUCUGUGCAUUCAUAUUCAGAAUAAAUAUGCAGAAUCUGCAUUUGUGAAGAAGAAACCUCUAAAUUUAUUGCUCCCUGUAAAUGCAAAGGAACAUCAGAAUUUGUUCACUAGGAGUGUUUAAAAAUGUGGAUCUUAGAAUAAUAUGGAGUUAAUAAAAUAUAUAAUGAUGAGGUAAUUUAUUUAGUAUUAUUUUGAUUAUAGUUAUUUUGUGAAGUUUGUCAACAUAAAUUCGAUUUUGAUGUCGAUUUUAAUGAUAAAUUUGACAUCAAUUAAUUUAAAAGAAUUAAAAAUAAAACAAAACUUUGUUGGCUCAUUUAAAUAUUCUUUAUUAUUCUCUUUAUUUUUGGAUCAAUUCAAAUAUCAUUAAGUUUUGGAAUCGAUUCUUUAGCCACUGUUGCCAUCAUUGUAGUAUUUGGUUUAAUUACUAUAUCUUUAAUUAUUUAUUUGGCCUUUAAUUGUAGUACAGCUCAUACUGUUCAAAUGAUUGAAAAUUGGAAUUUCUAAAAUUUUAAACUAAAACCUUUACCUCAAAGAAUAUAAAAGAAAACAAAAAAGACAACCAAUAACUUCAUACGAAUUAAUCAAAUAUCAUAUACUUGA